GAUGGGAAGCAUGGCAGUAAUAUAAAUUGUGUUUCUUCUCCUAAUCAAACGGGUCGGAUAAAAAUACACAUUGUUAUCUUGGAGAAAACGCGUGUUCAUAAAGGAGCCCGGAGAUAGAAUUUCCAGCAAAAUGUCUUUUCUCGGAGGUUUGAGACCUAUAAUGUCGUCAAUCAUGCAAGCUUCCCAGGCUGUGUCUCCGUGGAUGCCCUCCAGCUUCUGCCGGACCAUGGCAACUUUGAACCAGAUGCACCGCAAGGGUAAACCAUCUCCUCCUCCACCCAAACCCAGUGCCACUUUUGGCCGCCCACAGCUGAAGGCAGUGGUCCUUAAAACCAUGAUCAGAAAGCCGAAGAAGCCUAAUUCGGCCAAUCGAAAGUGUGCAAGAGUGCGACUGUCCAAUGGCAAAGAAGCUGUGGUCUUUAUACCGGGAGAAGGACACAACCUCCAAGAACAUAAUGUAGUGUUAGUGCAAGGAGGCCGGACGCAGGACUUGCCUGGGGUAAAACUCACUGUGAUUAGGGGCAAAUAUGACUGUGCCCACGUAGUGAAGAAGAAACAGUAAAUGACAUGAACUUAUGGACAAUGUUAGUUGCCAUCAUGGUUCCAGAGGAUGCCGUAUUCAUUUCUAAGACCCGUCUUUUAUUUAAAAUCUCUGUAUCUUUUCUUAUCAAUCACAUAAACUUGCUUGGAAGCAUCUAAGUGGUAUAUUGUGGACAGUAAGCUUCAGCUCCAGAGUUCUA